CGCCUCAGGCUCAGCGAACACUGGUGAAUAUUCACCAAUGUUCACUUCGCCUUUGGCGAAUAAUUGUUAAAUAUUAGUACGAUUACAGCUUCAUAUCUCUUUGAGACAUGCAUCUGUUAGCGUGUACAUAUCACGCGUGCUAUUAUUAGAACCGCUGCGCGCCGCAAAUGAUCAACACCCGUAGCAAUACGUCUGGCUUCAGCCCGACUUACGAUCUUCCUCUCCGUUCCUCCUGAGAUUACGCGAUCUUCGUUGAUAAUUCUGUUUGAUACAACACAAACACGAUAAGCAAUACAGGAAGAAAACUACUGUAAACAUAUCAUUAUCAGCUGAUGCCAGUUUCCGCGUGUGAAUGAAUGGAGAUCGCAGUAUUCGGAUGUUACCACAAACGAAAAAGCGUGAUAGGAACUUGUAAAUAACGCUCCUAAUUACUUACCGCCAAAAAAAUCAUGUGAAAAGUUUCGCGAUCAUCAUCCUGUUGUUUGUCUAGACAAACGUUAAGUUAUCGAUUUUUAUCGAUACGGUUGAACAAAGUCGGAAAAUUUUAGAGACGUUUGUAUGCUGGAAGGCAUGUUUGUGCCCCCAGCAUACAAACGUCUGUAAAAUUUAUCGACUUUGCAAAGCUAUGACCUUGUGUAAAAGAUACGACUCCCAAAACUUGCCCGUUAAACUAAUUUUACAGUACUCUUUCCAGCAGGGUCGACAGAUGUUACAUGACCAAUAUCAAUAGUUGAAUUAAACGCGGAAAGGUCUUUCACUAAGGGGCAGGAGCCCAUUACGGAAAGUAGUAACGAACGUCAUCGGAAACAGUUCUUUACGCGGGAAAGGCCUAUAUUAAAACAAACCUACUUGUAAAAACGCCUUUGCAGUUGCACGCCUCGAGUAAUGGGCUCCUGUAUGGCGCUGGCAUCUGAUGGCAGAACUGGCGCUCAGAAGUCGCCGCGAUAACAAAGAUCUAUCGAUAUAAAUGAAUUACGAUGGUCAGUGACCGUACGUAAAGCUGCUGGGGGUUGGCAGCGUGGCCGAAAGGUUACAGACCCCGAUUUCAAGUCCCGCUCUAGCCAUUAGCUGGAGUUGUUUCUCGGUAGUCCCGAGUUGUACUCCUCGGCCACGUUUGUAAAAAGCCAAAUGAUUCACCCCCCCCCUCCCCCCUGCCAGUUGAGUAUCCUUUAUAAGCGUCUUUCGUACCAAGGAAUAAAAUUGCUUUAAUUGUUUUUGUUCCUUAUUUUUAUUCCUCAUAUAUUCAUUUGUAUGGAUAAAUCUUGCCAGAUUCACAAUUACUUUGAAACAAACCACCUUCCCCUCUGCACCCACCCCCAGCUACGGUAUAGGUGCAUAAGAGAGCUUAUCAGUAAGCCGUUCUGGGUAUUUCAAGCGUUGAGAUUAUAACAGCUUAUAACAGCUCAACGCGACUUACUUUAAUCCAACAAACAAAACACAAUUUACAGCCCAAACAAACCCGGUUAUUGCGUUUACAAUAAAUGUCAAACUCGCGACCGACGGGUCACAGAGCCGCACAUAUAAACACGUCUGGUAUUUAAAGUCUUUUAAAUCCAAGAGUAACUGUAUCCUUCCGAUGAACUUGGCACGUGUGGAUUUUAUUGUCAUUGGUUGGAAUAUUAUCUUCAGAUGAGGAUAAUGAAAUUUCUGUAAGGCAUUUUAAUCAUCCAGUGCGGUUGGUUUUCGCGGUGUAACCCCUGACGUAAUUAGGAAAUUGCCCCCAUGGUGUUCAUUGGUAGAAUAGAACGCGUUAGACUUGUGCUUUUUCUGGGGGUCAGUGGGAAGAAUUUCCCACGGGUAAAUUUUGUACAGGAAUAUAAACAGUUCUCACCCAAGCAAGUAAUCUCUUCGUCUGGGAGACACCCAGUUUGGAAAAUCCGGUGUUGAAAGAAAAGAUUGCCGACAAAUAAGCUCACUCGAACCUCUGUCAAUCUUGACGUUUGGCAAGUUAACUUGGCGACUUAAAACAAUACACGAAGAGAAAGACGAUGUGGCGACUCGUUUUAUUUGCUGGAUUUCUGACUUUUCCUCUAUCUGCACUGAGCAACUCUGCUGCUGAAAAAUCGUUCCGCGAUCGUCAACAAGAAGACCUCGCGAAAAAUAUUCAAGAAUAUGAAGUCAUUGUGCCCCAGGUUGUGACAAACACUGGAUCGUUUUUGAGCAACGAAUUAAAGGAUGCUAUUGGCAACGAAAGAUUGUAUGUGCGAUUUCGUGCUUUCGGAGAGGAAUUCCUGCUAGAUUUAAGGAAAAACCGCAAACUUAUGGAUCCCAGGUUCACGAGUGAAAUCUUAGAUAACUUGCAUCAGCCACCGAGAGUGAAUUUAUCCAGAGACUGUUACUACACUGGAAGUUUGCGUUUUCGUUCGCAAUCCGGUGUUGCACUAAGCGGAUGUCACGGGCUGAUGGGGCUGAUACAAACUUCAGAGGAAGACUAUUUCAUAGAGCCCAUGGCCAAGAGAAAGAAACAACCUCAUUUGUUUUACAAGAGGUCUUCUGUGUUAGCAUCGUUGCCGCAAAGUUCGACCUUUCCGCGGAAAUGUACUCCUUCACCCACUCAUCCCCAAGCUCAUGGGAUUUCGAAAAACUCAAAGUUGCAAUUUUGGCAGGAACUUAUCCACCGCCAGCGUCGUUCAUUGGACACUGAGGUCACCAUUCAGCUUUUGGUUGUUGUUGAUAGAGACAUGAUCAAUUACCAUGGCAACCAGUCUGUUGAGGAAUAUGUAUUGACCGUUAUGAAUAUGGUCGCCGAGUUAUAUCGUGAUCCAAGCAUUGGAACAAAGAUAAACAUUGAAGUCUCCAGGCUGAUGUUACUGUACAACAUGCCUGUAAGUAAGAAAAGCCCAUUUGUCGAACUUUGUCCGAAUGCGAUUUCCGGUGAUUUAAUUACGUUUCCGAGAGCUCCAAAUGAAAUCCAUCAUUACAAGUAAGUCAUAAUGCCCCAUGAAAUUCCUCAUUUUACUUCUGUCAUAAAGGGUAUGAGAGUUGAUCCCCUAUAUAGGCCUUUAUCGUAACGUAAACCCUCACAAGUUAUUUCUAGAUCACUCCCGGUCUCAAAGACCCCAGUAUGGUCUACAAAUAGCCAUUCUUGUAACGUGGAUUUUGUACACGUAGUCAGCCCAAGCCGCUUUACACGCAUUUUCAACCUCCACGAAAACAUCCACGCAACGCGCGUGGUAACAACAUCCGCGGAAGAGCUGGGUACCAUGUCUAAAAGACGAAAUACCAAGUGAAUAUGGCCUACAUGGGGCAUUUACUCUCUUAUACUUCAUCCUCUCUUGC